UAAGUUUAUUAGAAAAGCUAUGCGACUUACAUAUUCUCUACAAAGAUUCGACUUUGACCAUCAGAAAUUUUGCAUUAGAACAAAUAGAUUUAAAAAAAUUGCAUCUAAACGAAAAUGAAAUCCAGUGUUUCUUGGAAAUGGCGAAGCAUUCAACUCUGCUAGAGAAUUUGGCCAGCGAUUUCCUGAAGAAACGUCUAUUGAAUCGGGAUCAUUUGGAUGUUCUCUUGGUGGCAAUGUAUGUGCUUUUAUUUGUUUUGAAUCGAAGCAAUUACAAGCUUACUUUUCAAAGCCUUUUACGCGCGAGAAUUCCAUUUAUGAUCGAUCUAUUAGAAGAAUUUUGUAGUACGGAAUACCACUUUUUGAUUUGUCAAACAGCCUGUAAGUGGUUUGAAGACGAUUACGUUCUGGAGAAAAUUCUGGCCCCUCUUAUUGAUAAUAAAAACAUCAUUGAUGCGUUUUUAAAUAAAUAUAAGCGCGUUGCUGAAACAGUUCGGAAGAAACCACUGACUAUACCGGACGAAUUCGUAGGUUUAACAAUGCACACUAGAAAGCCGCCUCCACCUCCAUCCAACACACCCACAUACCACGAUAGAUUUAAAGCCGCAAAACCUCCAAAAUCAACGUGGAUUAGAAACACUACGACAGAGACAAAAAUUCAAAGAUCUGCUGAAAUUAACAAGUUUAGGGCUAAUAGGUUGUUGAAAGAAGCUCAGAAAAUGCCGCAGAGAUUAAUAAGGCCCCGUAGUUCGAAGCUGAAGAAACAGGAAAUCAUUUACUCAAUACCUUUGAAGAGAAAACCCAUUCUGAUUCCUCAGGAUGUAAAAGUUCCAUACAAUACAGCAGUGACUUUAAGGGAGGCUUCUAGAUUAUUAAAAGAAAAAGAACGAGAAUUUAAAACUCUUGAAAACCUAUUAAAAGGCGGAUGUGACAAUCAAAUGUUGGAAAAAAUCGAUGAAGAAUUUAGACAGGAGGAAUAUCAGCGAACCAUCGAUGCAAUAGAACGGAAUCAUUUGAAAGGCCUCCUAUCACACGAAUCUGCGGUUUUGGCCAGGAAAAAUUUUGUCUUGCGCAACAAAGAAAAAUACAAGCUCUUCCAACAAGAAAAGGAGCAAAAUAUGGAGGCCUUAAACAAAUGGAAGGAAGAGGAAAGAAUCAAAAUCGAAAAGCUCGUUCGAAAAUCGCAACACAUAAAAAAUUGUGCCCGAGAGAGUGAGAAAAAGAUAUUAGAAAAGAAACAAAUUCAGGUUAGGCUGCAGCAGUGCGAAACAAAAGUAUUGCUCGAUAAAGCCUAUGCCGAAAAAAUGAAAGAGCUUGAGAAUAAAAUGCAACUAAUUCGAGAAAUAAAGGCGUUGCAACAAGUUCGCCGGUGUAUAAAACAAUUUGACCCCACCGAGUGCGUGAGUUUAGGAUUAUUAUGCGAAAUGUCGAUUGCCGAAUUGCGAGAGAGGUUGGCAAUAACAAGGUUGAACGUAAAACGCGAAGUCGAAGAGAAAAGGAAAGAAAUUUUGCAAAGAAAAGAAGACAAACGCAGAAAACUGGAGGAUAUUGAAAAUUUUAUCCUUCGGUCUAAAGCCACGUCAAAAGCAACGCCUAUUGCUAAAACCAUUUUAUCUUAUAAACCCUCUUCCGAAAUUGACAAUCUGAAAAGAGAAUUAGAAGAAAAGCGUAAAUAUCGGGAAUAUUUAUUAGCCAAAGAAUGACUGAUACACAUGAUUGUUUAUUUAGUCGUUAACUUAUUAGUAAUAAUUUUCGCAUUAUAUGCUUAUAUAACCGACGGGUGGAAGAGAAUGUAAAAUAAAUGUCCA